AUGCCUGGGUUUCAACUCGAUUCAAAGACUUACAGCCACCACCCUACGCAUGCCGUAGACGAAUCCGAGUCGCCGAGUUCCAACCCGGUCGAAUACAAGCGCCGCGGUAUAUUCUCUCCUUCCGAGUGGCUUUUAGAGAUGCUUAGUACCAUUGGAAGUCUGGUGUGCCUCGCCGCAAUCAUCACCAUCUUCUGGAACAUGGACAACAAGCCGCUCUCGGCUUGGAACAGCAUCGUCUCUCUCAACGCAGCCAUAUCGAUUCUAACAACCGCCCACGGAGCGGCUCUAAUGCACGGCGUUGGCAAUUUCAUUGGCCAAAUCAAGUGGCUUCACUUCAAGGAGGGAGUCGAUAAGCUCGAGAACCUGCAAAAAUUCGACGAAGCAAGUCGCGGGCCCUGGGGAUCCUUCAUGUUUCUUGCCACGGUCAAGCCCAACCUGGCUACUCUCGGUGCCUUGAUUGCAAUAGCUCGAUUCGCUUUGUCGCCACUGACCCAGCAAGUGGUCAAGAUUGAGCAACAAUUAGUCCCAAAGGGCAACGCUGUCUUCGGAUAUGCGCACGAAUAUAAUCGUGGGCUUAUACUGGCGAACAAUGUUCCAGACAGCAUCCCACAGGAUCCCGGACUACAAGUGGCCAUCUUACGGGGACUGUAUAACAUUAGCAGUCCAGAGGUGUUCAGCUGCUCGGGGGAAUGUAGGUGGGAAGGGCGGUACAUAAGCCUAGGUUUCAAGACUGAAUGCACGAAUGUCACACGAGCAACACUUGAUACUUCCCAAUGUGCCAAGGCCUACUACGAUAAUCCAAGUCUUACCCUCUGCAACAUGACGACGCCCAGCGGCUUGGGCAUCUCGACUCGAUACGCGGAAACUGAUCUUACAACUACCUAUUGCAUGAAUUUUUCCUCAAGAUGGGAGUCAGAUGACGAAUUGCGGACCAGACUUCCUGAAAUUGCACGUUUCGCCUUGUAUAGGUCUACUAGCGAUGGCAACUUCAACGCUUGGGAUGUCAAUAUUACGGAUUGCUCUCUGUCACUCGCAGCUUACGAGUACACCAAUGCCCGAGCGAACGGCAGCGCAUUCUCACUUAAGCAAACCCGAGAGGUCGAGCCCAAUCCGAAGAACCCCUGGGAUUACAUAACGGAUGAUGAUGGCAUGAAAUCGCCCGCCCGGGUACAGUUAAACACGUCCAAGGUCCAGGGCACUCCUGCCCUUGCCAUAUCUUUGAGUGACCUCAGUGCCUUGUCAGUCUACCUCGAGUCGGAUUCGAUUGCCAGCGAGUUGGUAUCAGGAAACUGGGUGAAUAAGAACUCGGGCCUCAGCGCCGCGCUUUCAGGCAAUGUGGACGUGGGGAAGCGGUUCGAGAUGAUGGCUCUCAGCAUGACGAGUUAUCUGCGCUCUGGGCCAAACUCGAUCCCGGCAGCCGGGACGAGCUUCAGCAGCCAGCCCUUUGUUUCCGCCCGGUGGCCGUAUUUGAUAGGGCCCGGCAUCAUUCAGUCUGCGGCGUUGUAUUUGUUUUGGGGGGCGAAGUAG